UGGCUGGGGGUUGGGUUUGCGUACAUUGUGGCAGGUUUUACGGUUUCUUCCUCAAAUCUUUCGCCCUGACCCUCCCACUCUUUCACUCCUGGAGGGCGAGUAGGUGGUCAAGCCUCCCUUUGUUUUCUUCACCCUUUUGCUCAAGAUAAGGUUUAUCGUGAAGGGCCACGUUGGUCUGGGGGAAAAAAGGACACAAGCAACGCCAGGUUUUAUUUCACUGAAGAUGGGCUCGAUUUCACACCACGAUUUUCAAGGAGGGUGCACUAAAACCGAGGAAGAGGAAAGACAGGGCAUUGAGGAAGACACACAGUCAUUCCACGGUGUUGGUGUGUGCAAAUGGUUCAAUGUGAGAAUGGGUUUCGGCUUCUUGUCCAUGAACAGCCGAGAGGGAGAGCCGCUUGAAGCUCCAGUCGACGUGUUUGUCCACCAGAGUAAAUUACACAUGGAGGGGUUUAGGAGUCUGAAGGAAGGUGAGAAGGUUGAGUUCACCUUUAAAAAGUCGUCUAAGGGCCUGGAGUCUGUGCGGGUGACGGGGCCUGGAGGAGCGCACUGUAUAGGCAGUGAGAAGAGACCCAAAGGCAAGAGUGUCCAGAAACGCCGCUCCAAAGGAGACAGGUGCUACAACUGCGGAGGUUUAGACCACCAUGCAAAAGAGUGCAAGCUGCCUCCUCAGCCAAAAAAGUGCCAUUUCUGCCAGAGUGUCUCGCACAUGGUUGCCAACUGCCCAGCCAAAGCCCAGCAGUCCUCACCAGGCUCUCAGGAAACACCUUUCUCUUUGAAGGGAGAGGAAGAAGUACAGAAAUAUUCCCCUCCACUGGCAGAGAUCACCAACUGAGGCAAGAGUGCACAGAAGAAGUUGGGAUGGAGCUCACAAGUAAAUCAAACCAAUACAUUGAAAAGAUGAACAUGGGUUCCUACUAAUGCUGCUUUUGGAACUACCUCAGGUAUAUAAAAGAAGAAUGUACCGUUUUGUCUUUGGUGUAACACUCAGGUAUAGAAUUGCUUCAUACUCAGGAAUUUUCACAGUGCAUUUAUUGUAUCUCAGUAACAGAAGUGACUUCACUGUAUCUGACUUGUGAUUGUAGUUUUCUACAUGCUUUGAUAAUGUAAUAGAGAAUUUUGACGUUUUGAUUGUCCGACAAAGAGCAGAGGCUGUGGAGACACUACUCUGUAAAGAAUGUGUAUUUCAGGGAUAUUUAUGGUGAGGUUUAGGGUUUGGAACAGAGUUGGCAUGUGUUUACAAUCGACAGACCUCACCACCUGGGGUAAAAUUAAUGUGGCUUGCCAGUGAUUCUUGUUUGUUUUAUCCCUGUUAAGUUAUAGAUUGUGAUUAUUUUGAAAGAAUGACAACCUUAGAAAUUAAUUUCAUUCAUUGUUUUAAAAUUACAGUCUGAAUUCAAAAUGUGAGUUGACAUCAACUGCUACUUAUCUGCUACUCUCUGUGCUACCAAUGUUUGCCUUUUUCUUUUGACAGUUUAUUUUCAAAGAGUUUAUUCUUUUGAUGAAGUCCAUGUCUAAUUCAAUAAGACAUUGCCUCCUUUCCUCAGUUGCCAGACUUCUUUAGGAAGAAGAGGUGCAUGCAGAUCUAGCCUUAAUAAUCUUUUAAAAAAGAAGCUAGCAGACAUUCUUAUACAUUUAAUAUAUACCAUAUAUGUUAACCUAUAAGAAGCCUAGUUAAAAUCACUCUUAAUAUUUAUUACUAUGGCUUCUCCUCAAAUACCUUUCCCUUUGCAUCGAUUUUUAUUAUACACAUCCAUCCUCUUCUCCCAUUAUUUAUGAAAUGUUAAUGUUUAAUUUACAGACUAUGAUAAUUCUACUAUGCACAAUUUUGUUAGACUUGGUAGAUGAGUGUUGGGAACUUUAUAUAUGUUGAUAUCAGUGCAAGUCUGCACUAAUCAUGGAGCUUAUAUUUGCCUUGUUAUGGUCAUUUUACUGUUGUUUUUGAUAUUUUUUUCUGAGCAAUAUGUUGUUUUUUAAUUACAGAUUAAGCUAGCAGUAAGCUAUGGUGAUAUUUGUCACUUAACCAUGAACCUGAAAAUCUCAGGGAACACACAAGAUUGUCAGAUGUUUAUGUUGACUACAUUCAUUAGGAGAGUAAUCUAGUGAUGCAUGUUAGAGAAAAAUGACAAUUACAGAAUCACACUAGCAUUAUUAAACUGUACCAUUAACAAUCA